AUGAUCUACUCAAUAUCUACCUUGAUUACUCUUUUCACUAUUUCUUCAUCCGCUUUUUUGACGUCUGAUCCAUCAAACUUCGCACCUCGUCACUUCAAUGAUCCGAUUUCAAUGUCCGCAGAAUGCAAUGUGUUUGAUGAAGCACAUUAUUGUAAAAUGAUAACUCUUGACACUGCUCUCAACGCUGUAGCAGAAUCCCAUAAAUGUGAAUGCCCCGCAAACUAUCGAUGCCCCUCGGACACCGAUGAUACUAAACUGCAGAUUCGAUGCCACUACGACAGCGAACGUCAAUGGAAUCGUUGUUACUUGCCGUGUACUCCAGUUGAUCUCUAA